AAUAUUGAUUCAAUCAACUACAAACGUAGCGAAAAUAUCUAUAAAUUUUUUAAGUGGUUGUUCUAACACCAAAUACCUGUCCUUGUCUAGGUCCGCUGAUGAACCAGCCACCACAGUAUGCAAGCCGUGCCCAGUUGGUUAUUAUAUUCCAGAUCUUUCCCAUGGGCAUACAAGAUGUUUAAAACAACCUAAUAUAACUUGCAAGGAAGGGUGGGAACGUUCCAUAUUCAAAGAGAGUUGUGUAUGCGGCGAUGGUACGUAUGAAGUGAAUGAAGUUUGCAAACCCCACAGCAAGUGCGGGCGUGGAUAUGGAGUGGCAAGCCUUGGAACUUUUUCGAAAGACACAGUUUGUCAAUGGUGUCAGAAGGAUACAUUUUCUGAUAAUUAUUCGGCAACAGAAAAGUGCACAAGUAAUUCUACAAACAGUCAAAACAAUUCAUGCGCAACACCUCAACCCCCGGUCCCAUGCCCACAAUGUGACGGGUGUACAGGAUGGCAUAUUGCAACAGCUUUGGGUUGGAUAUUAUUUGGAAUUACUUUAAUAUGCAACCUCGCCUUUUACCUCAAUUUUAAAGCAAAGGAAAAACGCUCAAACCAACAGCAAGUAAGGUACUACAAUCCAACUUCUAAUGAUAAUGGAACUGAAGCCGGGGAACCUCUUCUUGCUCCUCCGGAGCCACCAAACAACGUUGACACGACAUCACAGCAGAGUGUAUCUGACGCAGGUGCUUCCAGUAGCUAUGUUGUUGAUAAAAUUAAGCAUUUAAAUAGAUGUAUGUAUGGUGUACAACCCAUAGAAGGAAUUCAUGCUGGGACAAAAAAAAGUAUUUUUUAAAAUCUUCUAGCAGACUUAAAAAAGAGUAAUAUCAGUCAUGUUAAAUAAAUGAGUGAGACAUAGUAGGGUGGGGGAAGAUGGGACACAUUUAUAUUCUACUUUCUCG